AUGAAGCAGGAUAAUAACACAGUGACUGAGUUCAUUCUGUUAGGCUUCACAACAGACCCCCUGACGCAGCAGGUCCUCUUUGUGGUGUUCCUCGCCAUGUACGCAUUGACUGUGGUGGGAAAUUGCACCCCUAUAGUACUGAUCUGCAAUGACUCCUGCCUCUACACACCCAUGUAUUUCUUCAUUGGAAAUCUGUCUUUUUUGGAUCUUGGGCUGUCCUCUGUUUAUACUCCAGAGAUCCUGGUGACCUGCAUCUCUGAAGACAAGAGAAUAUCAUUUGGUGGCUGUGUGGCUCAGUUCUUCUUCUCUGCUGGACUGGACUAUGCUGAGUGCUACUUGCUGGCUGCCAUGGCUUAUGACCGCUAUGUGGCCAUCUCACGGCCACUGAUUUAUUGUCAGGCCAUGCCUAUAAAACUGUGUAUAUUUUUUGUAACAGCCUCAUAUCUUGGUGGCUUUAUUAACUCUGUUAUCAUCACCAGAGACACUUUUUCUUUGAACUUCUGCAGUGACAAUGUAAUUGAUGACUUUUUCUGUGAUAUCCCACCCCUGGUAAAGCUGGCUUGUGGCAAGAAAGGUAGCUACCAGACUGUGUUGUUCUUCCUCCUGGCUUCCAAUGUCAUCACCCCCAUUGUGCUCAUCUUGGCUUCCUAUGUCUUUAUCAUCACCACCAUCUUGAGGAUUCGCUCUACCCAGGGCCGCCUCAAGGCCUUUUCCAAGUGUUCCUCCCACCUGAUUUCUGUAACCUUAUACUAUGGUUCCAUUCUGCACAUCUAUGCUCGCUCUCGAUCUAGUUAUUCUUUAGAGGACAAAAUAGUUUCUACAUUUUACACUGUGGUGUUUCCCAUGAAUACCAUGAUCUAUAGCCUGAGGAAUAAAGAUGUGAAAGAGGCUCUGAAUAAACUCUUCAAGUAA